GCCAGCCCGCCUCUUCCUCUCCUCCUCAGUCCUCCUCUCUUUGUUGUGGUUGCAGUUUGCUGCUGCUCUUUACGCACCGCGCCAGUCGCUCCUCCCCCGGGGAUCGGGACGCUGCGUGUGUGUGACACCGGAACACGCAUUCAGCCGACGGAGAAGAGAAGCGCAGGACGGAGCCGAUGGCGAGGAUGCCGCUGCCGCUGCCUCUCCCCCGGACAGGGCGCACCGGCCCCGACGCUUCCUCCUGAAGGCGAGGAGCUGUCGGCGCGGUCCUCCAUCUUCCCCGGCUCCCUCCCGGCCCCUCGCCGGGCUCCGGUGCUCUUCAUCUCAGCGGCACCGGCUCGUCUCCGCUGCGGCGUCACUGGGAUUUACGCGGAAUUGUCCACACGCCGCCUUUUCCACCUGAGCCGAGCGAACUGUGCGUGUGAGAGAGAGAGCGUGGAGGUUGGACCGUCAUCAUCCUCAUCAUCUCCAUCUCCAUCACCAUGGUGUCAGCACCUGCGCGGUGUCCCGGCGCGCUCGCCCGGUGCCUGGUGUCCGCCGCGCUGCUGCUGCUGCUGCUCGAGCCUCCGGAGGCGCGUGCGUCCUACAACCCUCAGGGCGGAGAGUGCAGAGGCAAAGGGAAGGAGUGCACAGACCUGUCGGAGAAGAAGAGCGACCUGAGGGUGUGCGACGACUCCACCUGUCGAUUCGGAGGCGUCUGCAGAGACGACGGAGCUCAGCUCAAAUGCGUCUGCCAGUUCCAGUGCCACAAAAACUACAUCCCCGUGUGCGGCUCCAACGGAGACACCUACCAGAACGAGUGCUACCGGCGGCAGGCGUCCUGCAAACAGCAGAGACUCAUCUCGCGGGCGUCGGACGGGCCCUGCUCCACCGAUCCUGGCUCGGGUUCGGGAGACGGAGACGACGACGAAGGUUCAGGCUCCGACGUCGGGAAGAAGUUCACCAAGUGCAGCACGUGUAAAUACGGAGCGGAGUGCGACGAGGACUCGGAGGACGUGUGGUGCAUAUGUAACAUCGACUGCAGCGGACACAAUGAAAACCCCGUGUGCGCCACUGACGGCAACUCGUACAACAACCCCUGUCUGGUCCGAGAGGCGUCGUGCAUGAAGCAGGAGCAGAUCGACGUCAAACACCUGGGCAGGUGCCCCGCCGACAAGGAGAAACUGGGGAAGAAAGACGACAGCAGCCCCUUCAAAAUAAAUGUCUUAGAAACCACUGGUCUGGAUCACGGCGACGGUUUCUACGCCGGGAUGCCGAUCCCCUGCGGCGACAGUCACGCCGGCUUCUGUGUCCACGGGAAAUGUGAGAUCAAGUACAACAUGGCCACCUGCAGGUGUGAUUCGGGCUACAAGGGUUCUCAGUGCGACGAGCCUCAGGACUUCAACAUCCUCUACGUGGUCCCCAGUGGACAGAAGCUGCACUACGUCCUCAUCGCCGCCAUCAUCGGGGCCGUGCAGAUCGCCAUCAUCGUCGCCGUGGUGAUGUGCAUCACAAGGAAAUGUCCAAAAAACAACAGAGGUCGCCGGCAAAAACAAAACCUGGGACACUUUUCCUCGGACACUAACUCCAGGAUGGUAUAGCCAUGUGUUUGUCGGAGGUUCUUUUUGAUAAGUUUUUUCUUACGGCGUGGGGGAUGCCAUUUUUUUAAACCGGUAGAUUUUAGGUGUUAAUUUUUUUCUCUCUCCUGGGAAACAGUUGAAAAAGAAGAACGAGAAUAUUUAUUUCAGGGGCCUUAUUUCUCUCCUUUUUUUGUUCCGGAUGGAAUUGUUGCACAUUAAUUUGUGCAAUCAUAAAAAAAUCUACAUUUUUUUCUGCCACAAGACCAAGUUACAAGGAGCCGAAUCGACAAAACCGCUGUCACUUUACAUCGUUACCACGUGUGAUGUCUUAAUUACUUUCACUGCUUCAUUACAGUUUGAUGCUUUAUGAAUAUGGUUCCGAUGGCUAAAUGGCUAACUGGCUAACGUAUGCCCCUCUGUAAUGUGCUAUUUAUUGAAAAUUAAUAAUUUUGAUGUCCCCUCUACAUCACUUUUUUUUUACUAAUAAUGAGCAGCUGAUCACCAAAUGCAGUUUGUUUUCAAUUUUUUGUUUUUUGUCCAUGAGGUGAGAAGGGGCCAGCCAGUGAUAUAGAUAUGAAUGUUUACACUUAUCCUUUGGUAUGAAACUGUUUAAACAAGGUAAUCAUUUAUUAUUAUUAUUAUUAUUAUUAUUAUGACAGUUAUUUUCUUCAAAGUAGUUAUUAACUUUAUCUCUUAUGUUAACUUUUAUUUCAAGCAUUGCUUUCUAAAUUCUAGCUCCUGUAUAUUCGCAUGACUUGUGAAAACUGUGUACUGUGGUGUAGUUUAACUCUUUAAAAAGAAAAGCCGACGGCUUCAACGCCUCCUCCACCUCAGAGCCGCCGGCGCCGCCGGUGGAAGUCGGAGGGAAGAGCACGAGGAUACUGAUCGGAAACGUACUAGUCGGGGUUUUAUCGAAAAAAAGAAUGUGUAAUGUUUUAAAUCGGUCUCCAUCAGAGGGGAGGACAGAAAACGUUUGAUGGUGGUAAACUUCAGAAGUUAAUUCUUCUACAAACCACGUUUGUUUUCACGAGGAACAGAGCCGUGUUGAUUGUAACGCUCGGAGGAGGGAAUAUUUUUGAAUCUACGUUUGAAAAUCUGAAUUCAGACAAUUGUUCAGAAAAGGUGCGUAAUAGACCGUAUUCACACGGCGGCCAUUUCCCUCUGACAUGGAUCCAGGCUGCAGGUCUGAUCAGCACGGAAUCUGACAAACUGCUUCCUGAUUACGCCAUGAUCACGUAACAGCAUCAUCAGCAUAACGUCAACGAAAAAGUGGUUGAGUGCUAAUGUUAGCUGUUGUCUAGUGGUAGCUAACGAGCUAACAUAUAUAUUGUUUUACAUCCACGUUGCUUCAGUCGCCGAUCAGUCCGGGAGUUUGUCAGAUUACUUGCAACCAGCGUAACAACAGUACAACAGUACAUUGUGUUCAUCAUCACAACUGAGUGUGAUGUCAGAGGAAAAUGGCCGCCCUGUGAAUAUGGUCUAAAGGAAGAAGUCUUGUUUGCUGAGAUGGUUGUAAUCGAGGGUUUUUUCUUUUUGAAUGUCUUUUUUCCCCAUUUGUUUUAAUUUAGCCUUCGCUUCUCUCCGAGACAUUACAAGCACAGAGAACCCCCGUUGUUCCGUGUCGUGUCCCUCGUCAUCAGUGUAACACAACCCGUUAUUUUCUUUACGUCGAGUCGUAAGUUUCUUCUUCAAAGUCCCGUCAUGUCUCAAACGCAAAUUGUCAGGAACUUAAUAACUGACUUGUGAUAAAUUGUGGUGUAAAUCCCACCGAAGCAAAGCCGCUUCUCAUCAGCUUAUUCACGUUUGUUGUUGAUGAUGAUGAAGCCGAAUUUGAAUUUAUGUUUUACAACAAAACCAAUCACUGUACGGUCCAUCAAUCACAAACGGACCUUGUCCCAGUGGCAUCCAGUGAUUUCGCCUCAACAGCUCAAGUCAUAAAUUGACUUUUGUCAAAUUAAUUUCCUUCACACGACUACAGCCAUUUAUUGUAUUUGUCAUGUUCUUUUCUUGCUCAGUAUUUUAACCUCAACCUCACUCGUUCCCGUCAUAUGGGAUAUUCUGUCCUGUGCAUGUCGACGUGAUCACGUUGUAUGUGAAUGUCAAAACUUUACCAGGCAUCAGAAUUUUCAAUUGACAAAUCGACCUGUGGACGACUAUCUGCUGCCGGUGGUUUAAGGUCGAUCUGUUCCAACGACGUGAGCACUGCCACGUUUACUCAGAAAGGUUUUGAAUGUUCUGUUUCUUCUGAAAUUACAGCUGAGCUGGAUUUUUCUGAAUCAGGACCUUCCAUUGAAAAACAUCUAUACAUUACCUCUACGGCCAUUUACAUCCUUUAGCAUCGUAGAGAGUAGAACCAUCUAAAACUGACCCUUGGAUUAAGAGAAGAAGAACUUCUGGUGUGUUCAGAAUUCACACUGAUGAUUUUUUUCUAAAGAAAGUUAUUGUUGGCAAUCGGAGUCAUACGGUACAAUAGGUUGUUACGAAAAUAUGUAUCCGUUACUGCAUUCCAGGUAAUGGUUAUACUUAACUCCAAAUUAAGUUAGCGCGAGGGUUGGCUGCUUUAUUCAUGCGUCCAAACUGGUCCAAAAAGGGAACAAAAGAGUUUGCUCUGAACACAAGAGAACUAACAUUUGGUUAUUAAAUAAGUUUGGAAAUAAUAAUAAAUGGGAAAUCAAGAAGCUAAAAUGUCUGGAAGCCGCAGUGGCCUAAGGGUUUGUUCACCUGAGCAUUAAAGGGGCAGUAAGCGAUUUUGGAGAAAGCUUGUUCAACUCUUUGUUGUUUAUUUUAUUUUACUGCUCUGGAGAUGAACGGAGUAUUUGAGUCCGACGCUCUAACUACUUGGCCAAAACCGCGGAGUUGCAACACCACCUGCUAGCACGUCUCUAAAGGUGUCGACGAGUCCGCACCAUUUCUUUGCUUAUCGAUUUACGGAGCCUGGGCUCAGCCGGAAACCAGGACAACUAACGGACAGGGAAGAAAUAUUCGCUUAUUUUUACAAAACGUGUAUUGCUGCUUCAGAAUCGCUUAAUGCCCCUUUAAACAGUUGGAAGAACUGGGUUGGGUUUGGUGAAUCGACCAACAGGAAACCAUCUUUACAGACCUCUGAGGUACCAGAGAGCCGAAGAGUUCAAACACCUAAUUGUAUUGACCUGUGUUGGAGCGUUUAGCAGCUGUCUGGUGGUAUGCGAGCUAGCACGUACCCAGGUAGCUAACGUAUCAAACUGUAAACCUGCUAGCCACAGCAGUUCGCCAGCUGCCCCCAUGAGCCGGACCUUCCAGAGAAGCCUUGGCCCUCGUGGCUCGAGGAAGCCAAAGCAAAGCGACGUCUAGCAGCUGAACUGAACAUGGGGCCAAGACGGCGUGACCUCGGCCCCAGCGGACCCCACUUAGCGGUCUACGAGAGGGGGGGGGGUUGUUUGCUAAGUUUAUCUAGCAGUUUAGCAUUGAUAAUGAUUGUGUUUCAUGGCUCCGGGUCAUUAUUCUGUGAUGGGCUCGUAGAGGCAGCGUGUCAUUUACCUGCACUGGAAGGUCCUGACUCCGAUCACUGGGACGCCGCUUCAUCUCGGGCUUCGUCCUCGACGCGAGAGUCUGUGGACCAGGAAGUGAAACUCCAGCGCAGAGGUGCAGAAUGCAAGUUCAGGGAGGUUUGUCUUCUCUGUGUGUUUCUCCAGUUUUUAUUUCCUGUCACUGGAGUUUUUUUCUGUAACAUCUUCAGGUCGUAGGCCAGCCCCCCCCCCCCGCUGAGCAACGUGUUUCUACUUGUUGUCGACCAUCGCAGCCGUAACUUCUCUAAAUGUGACUAGAAUGUGUUUGACAUGUUAAUAUUCAUUGCAUGUAGACUUUGAGAGGCUAUUUUGGUCUCUGCCAAAAAUAAAAAAAGCAAAUGUUUUUUUUAACGUA